ACCGCCCAUCGUACUUCACAGCAGUUUACCAGCGGUUUCUGAAUCGUUUGCAUUAUCCAUGGCUUGCGAGAACUACGCAAAUUCAUCUGACUCUAUCGUUGGGCGUUGGAUUACGUAAACGUUCUACGUAAAUGGCGCAGUGGUGAUUCGAUGUUUGAUCCGUAGCUGCGGAGUAGGGAAUGGGAAUAGAAACGACGUAUCUUCUCAUGGAUGCAUUUUGGUCUGUAGGGGGUGGGUUUACAACAAUCAAUUUCUCGGGAUCUGCCACUUCACCACUAGCUUGGGAGUUUUCCAGUAGGUUGUUGUCAUAGAUCUACUAGAAAUAUGUAAUAUUUGCGAUGUAUUUGCGCCACUUGGCUGUCUGUCAGUGAAAACGAUUGUAUGGACGAACUCCCCGGCACAUACAUGGCGUGAAAAGACAGUGACAGCGAAUAGCCUACAUAUCGGCGACAUGUUGCAAUUUAUUGAAAAACCAAGACUUUGAAAACCGAGAAUAGAACGCGUGUUUUCACGUUUUUGUGUGGUAUGAUCGAUAGGCAAACCUUAUGCAAUUGCUGGCCCGGAUUCGUGUGGAAGCCGUUCUUUCAAGUACAGUGGAUGUAAGAUCCAGCUUCAUAAGGGUGGGGGUGUAACGUGUGUGGUCUGCCAGAUACCGCUCAGCGCAAAUUGUUUGCCAGCGUAUUUUGCGGUCAGUCCAGCAGACACCUUGUCCAGGUUCGUGUGGAAGUGAGCUCGGGGUGGACAAGUGGAGGAUGGGAAAGCGAAUAGAACGGAUGCAGUUGGUCUUGACAAGUCAUCGUCACAAUACAGGCCAGUGAUGCCGGGCAUGGUGAUGUUUCGGCGGCGCUGGUCAGUUGGCAGUGAUGACCUAGUGCUGCCUGCACUCUUCCUCUUUCUACUGCAUUGUGUGUGGCUUGUGGUCCUGUCUGUGGUUCUGUUUGGUCUCCCUUUUGGCUCAGACCAGUCCUGCUCGGUCACCCUGGUGGAUCAUGGCCGGGGAUACUUGGGCAUCCUAGUCAGCUGCUUGAUCUGUGAGAGUGCCAUAAUGUGGCUGAGUAUGAGAGGCACCAUCCUCUACACACAGCCCAGGGAAGCUGUGGAGUAUGUCCUCUAUAUACGACUAGCCAUCCUGUUAGUGGAGUUGGUAUAUGCUGUGGUGGGCAUUGCCUGGCUCCUCCAAUACUACCAACCGUGUUCAGAUGUCACUGCGAAGAACAUUGCUUUGGGGAUUGUGGUGUGCAACUGGCUGGUGAUCUUCAGCAUGUGCUUUACACUCAUGUGUACCUUUGACCCAACGGGACGCACCUUUGUUAAACUGAAAGCCACCCGCCGUCGCCAACGCAACCUAACAACCUACACACUCCGACACAGACUAGAGGAGGGGCAAGCCAGCAGCUGGAGCCGGAGACUUAAAUUCUUCAUGUGCUGUACUCGAGCCCAGGACACCCAGUCUGAUGCAUAUUCCGAGGUGGCCAGCUUAUUUGCAGAGUUCUUCAGAGAUCUGGACAUUGUGCCUAGUGACAUCAUAGCUGGCCUUGUACUGCUUCGUCAGAGACAGAGGUCCAACAGAGGUGCUAUCCUGGAUCAGGCCAACAAUGACAUUUUAGCCUUCUUAUCUGGAAUGCCUGUCACUCGUUACACCAAAUACCUAGACCUUAAGAACUCGAUGGAGAUGGGCAUGUACAAAGAGGUGUGUUACUACAUGCUGUUUGCCGUGGCAGCGUAUGGUUGGCCCAUGUACCUGAUGAGAAAGCCUGCAUGUGGACUGUGCCGCCUUGCCAGCACAUGCCACUGUACAUCAGGGACUGGCUCUAGGCUGUCCCAGUCAGUAAUGGUGGAGGAGGAUAACUGUUGUGGCUGUAAUGUCCUGGCUAUCCGUCGCCACUUCCUGGACAGGGAGCUGAAGCAGGUCCAUAUUGUCUACACAUCCUGUCAUGACGCUGUUUAUGAGACACCUUUCUUUGUGGCAGUGGAUCAUGGAAAAAAGAAAGUUGUCAUCAGCAUUCGAGGAACCCUGUCCCCCAAAGAUGCCCUGACUGAUCUCACAGGGGACUCUGAGCGUCUGCCAGUGGAGGAGCAGCAUGGAAACUGGCUAGGCCACAAGGGGAUGGUUUAUUCAGCAGAGUACAUUAAGAAAAAGCUGGAGCAGGAAAUGAUCUUGUCACAAGCCUUUGGAAGAGAUUUGGGAAAGGGCACCAUGCACUAUGGGCUGGUGAUAGUUGGCCACUCCCUUGGCGCUGGUACUGCCGCCAUUUUGUCCUUCCUUCUCCGCCCCCAGUACCCCACACUGCAGUGCUACUCCUACUCUCCACCAGGCGGCCUUCUGAGUGAGGAUGCUAUGGAGUACUCAAAAGAGUUUGUCACCUCUGUGGUUUUGGGAAAGGACCUUGUACCAAGGAUCGGUCUCUCUCAGCUAGAGGUGUUCCGACGCCACCUGCUGGAAGUUUUACAGAAGAGCGACAAGCCAAAGUGGAGGAUCAUUGCAGGGGGCACAAAGUGCAUUCCUAAGUCUGAGCUGCCAAUAGAUGAUGGCCCUGAGGCCCCGGCUGCCCCUGCACCCCCCAGUGCCCGUCUCUGGCUGCACCCUAGUGAUCUCAGUAUCGCCCUGUCUGCCUCUACCCCCCUCUACCUACCGGGCAAGGUCAUCCACGUGGUCCACAAUCAUCCCCCAGAGACCUGCUGUGGACAGGAGGAGCCCACCUACACAGCUCUCUGGGGAGAUAACAAGUCUUUCAACGAGGUCAUCAUCUCCCCUGCCAUGCUUAACGAGCACAUGCCCCACAUGGUGAUGGAGGGGCUCAAUAAGGUGUUGGAGAACUAUAACAAAGGGAAGACGGCCCUUCUGUCAGCUGCUAAAAUCAUGGUGAGCCCAACCGAGGUGGACCUGAACCCAGAGACCAUCUUCAUGGCAGCUGCUCCCCCUCCUGCCUCCCAGCAGCCCACCCCCACCACCCACCACCGCAGGAACAGCAGCAUUCGUUCCUGCGCUCGAUCUGAGAUUUCACUGGAUGGCUUUGCAGAGUGUCCCCCUCCCCCAGUGCCAGUGGUUCUGCGGGGGGCCAGGGAGCGCCUUACUGUGGAGCUGAAAGACCGCCAUGCCCCCCUAGCUGUGAUGGAGAGUCUGUCUGAUGCGGAGUCCCUGUAUAGCCUGGACUCCCGACGCUCCUCCGCUGUACUGAGGGGCUCACCUAUGUUGGGAUGUCUCCCUUUCCAGAUGAACGCACCGAUUCCUGAGGAGAACCCAUCUCUCAGUUCCCGCACUGAACUGCUGGCUGCCGAUUGCCUCUACCAGGCCAGCCCAGAGCACGACCUGGGAGAGGCAGGACCCUACUUUACUCCCCUGGGGUCUGGCUCAAUGCGCCUCUCUCCUGCCACCCCGCGCUACAGCAGCCACCAAUCCCUAACACCACUGGCCAUGAAUGUAAUAGGUCAGCCUUUCACACAAAAAGAGCCUUGCGCCACCCCAGAGACAGUCCCUGAUGGGGAGUGCUAUCAAAUGCCUGGCGUUUACAGCCCAGGCUGCACCCCUAAUGCUCCCCUCAGUCCACAGAUCAGCAAUGGGGAGGAGAGAGCAGAGGAAGAAGAAUGGGAAACAGACACAGGAGAGAGGCAACUCAAGCUGGAAACAGUGCCCUCUGCCUCCACCCCACUAGCCCAACUGUCCAAUGGCAACCCUAGCCAACUAGUGUUGGAGUUUGCACAGUACUUGGAUUCCCUCUUCAGGCUGGAUGGCAGUGGCUCACCUCCUCUGGAGCUAUCUGAUGGUGAGUCUGAGUCAGGUCGUGGAUCAUAUGGUCAAGGAGAGGGUCCAGGGGAAGGACAAAGAGAAGAUAGACAGCUUCUGGCUCGGGCCACACAGGAGCCAAACUUGGUCCCCAAGCCCCCCCGUACCUUUGCUGGGUCUGCUGACCCUUCUUCUGGCAUCUCCCUCUCACCUUCAUUCCCUCUUUCUUCCUCUGGUGAGCUCAAUGACCUCUCUCCUGCUGAUGGAGCACCACCUCCCACACACUCACUACGAACCUCCACCCCGUGUCCCUACCCAGAAGAAAAUGUCCUGGCAUCUAUGGUGUAGGAGCCUAUUCACUCUCAUCUUUCCUUAUUCUGUUGGUGCGUCAUCUGAUAAUAAACUAUCACUGAACAUGCAUGCCAUGGAAUGCAAUCUGCGAUGCUGUUACAGUACCUUAAAGACGUGAUAUUACGCGGACCAUAAUGAAUAAGACUGAGAUGAAAAACUAUUUUUCAAUUUUCAGGUGUCAAACAUUGAAUGCUGUGUACAGAAUUUUAACUACUAUUGUAAUAUGUUUUAAUCUCUGUCUGCAUGCUACGGGCCUGUGUUUCUUUGGGUUGAAUAGCCUUACCACUGACUCAUUCCAACACACUAUCUCACAUGAACACAUGGUAGCAUUAAAGUCAUCCAGUUACGACUCUAUCACAUGGGAGACAACAGGGAUAGCGAGGAGUUAGACACUAGGUUGGGUUUGCAUUUGCACAUCAACACAAUGACCUUACAUUCUUCCCUGAACAGCUCGUAAAACGUACUAAUUUUCAAAAUCAGGAAGGUGAAAACCGAGGCAUUGAUGAACAGUUAGAGAAAGAUUGUGAUGGUUUCUUCCUCAGAUCUUUCAAUAAAUGAUGGUGUGAAGGAGAAUGGAUGUAGAUCAGUGGUUCUCAUCUGGAUUUGCUCCAGGACACAUUGAACUAGAUUGGCAUUUUUGCAUGAUUAUUGUCCAGAUUUAUGAAAUGAGUAAAGUAUAUAUAUAUAUACAGCAUCAGUCAAGAGUUUGGAGACAUCUAGACAUUAAUUGGUGUUUCUUUAUUUUUGGAGAUAAUUUUCCACAUUGUAAUAAUAUCAAAGACAUCACAACUUUGGAAUAACACAGAAUUAUGUAGUAACCAAAAAAGGGUUCAAAAAACAGCUCAAAAUACAUUUCAUAUUGUAGAUUUUUCAAAGCAGCCACACUUUUCCUUAAUGACAACUUUUCACACUCUUUGAAUUCUCUCAGCCAGCUUCAUAAGGUAGUCAAUUGGAAUUAAUUUAUAUUAAAAGUUGGGUUAUUCUAAUUACAGAAGACCAUUAUAUCUGUACUGUGGUAGUCCAUAGAAUGUCAAGAACAGCUCAAAUAAGCAAAGAGAAACAAGAUUUCAUCAUUACUUUAAAACACGAAGGUCCGUUUAUCCGGAACAUUUCUAGAACUUUCAUUGUUUCUUCAAAUGCAGUCCCAAAACCCAUCAAGCACUAUGAUGCUGCUGCAGAAAAAGACCUAGAGUUACCUUUUCUACAGAGGAUAUGUUCAUUAGAGUUACCAGUCUCAGAAAUCGGCACAUAACUGCACCUCAGAUUGCAGCAAAAAUAAAUACUUCACAGAGUUCAAAUAACUGACAUCUAAAAAUCAACUGUUCAGCGGAGAGUGCAUGUAUCAGGUGCUCAUUGUCGAAUUACUGCAAAUAAACCACUACUAAAGGACACCAAUAAAGAGACUUGCUUGGGCCAAGUAACAUUGAAAAUGGACAUUAGAUCAGUGGGCAUCUGAGAGUUUUGCAUCCAAGAGUUUUUGCUUCCUGUGCCUUUGUGAGAUGCAGAGUGAGUGCACGGAUGAUCUCUGAUGUGUGGUUACCACCGUUAAGCAUUGAGGAUGAGGUAUGAUGGUCUGAGGUUGCUUUCCCGGUGACACCAUCUGCGAUUAUUUCAAAUUAAAGGCACACUACCAGCACGGUUACCACAGUAUUCUGUGGUGAUACACCAUCCCAUCUGGUUUGCGCUUAGUGGGACUUUUUUUAGUAAGGGUUAUUUCAACAAGGAGAGUGAUGGUGCUGCUAUAAAUGAUCUGGCCUCCACAAUCACCUUACCUCAACCCAAUUUAGAUGGUUUGGGAUGAUUUGGACUCCAAAGUUAAAGAAUAGCAACCAACAAGUGCUCAGCAUAUUUGGGAAAUUCUUCAAGCAUUCCAGGUGACAUCAUGAAGCUGGUUUAGAGAAUGCCAAAAGUGUGCAAAGGAUGGCUACUAGAAUCAAUAAAUACAAACUUAUUUUGAUUGAACACUUUUUUGGUUACUGCAUAAUUCUAUGUGAUAUUUCAUAGUUGUCUUGACUAUUAUUCUACAAUGUGGAAAAGAGUAAAAAGAACUUGAAUAAGUAGGUGUGUUCAAACGUUUGACAGGUACUGUAUUCUAUUUUUUCUUCUUUCCCAAUUUCACAUUGUCCAAAUCAAGUUUAUGGCCCAAGCCACCUACCUUCUUUGCGAUUACAACAAACAUCUAAAUAGCACUUUUAAUUGCCCUGUAUUAAAUAGACUAAUUUUAGAAAAUAAAUUGGUAAAAUAUUAAAUUGUCAAAUUUGGCAUCUGUAUGUUAAUCAUAAUUUCUACACAAAAUUGCUACACAUUAUCUACCUGGUAUUUGUUGAAAUUUGGUCUUAGAAAUUUGCUUUUUGUAAAAUUGCUUUUACUCGGACACCAACCCACUAAAUAUCACCUUUUGAGAAUCACUAGUGUAGAUCAGUGCUUCCCAGUUGAUAGGACCACUGGCCUUACUUGACCUGUCUAACAGAAGAUACUUGAGAAGAAUCGUAAGACCAUAGGCUUAAUGAUAAAAUGCACUUGUGUAGGUAAUCCAUUGGUACCGCAGGCAUCGCCAAAUUCUGUUUGAUCCACUAACCAGAAAAAGUUAACAAUAACUAGCGUAAAUUAUACAGAAUUCAUGUGUCUUAAAACAGUGAUUGUGACAGGUUUUUACUACAGUCUCUGGAAGUGUUGUUUAUUUUGGUCUUUUUUAUAGUGCAUGAGGAAGGUAGUAGCAAUUUAUUUUAAGGAAUAGCUCUGCAGUCAGCCACUCUUUUUGCAAUGGAUACCGUCUCAAAUAUCCAAAUCCAUAUUUUCUACCCUUUUUGCCAAAAACCUAUUACCAAAUGGAUUUAUAAGAGACAAUAUGGUUGUUAAUUGAAAUAGUGCAAAAUGUACACAAAAACAAAGAGGCAGGUUUUAAAGUUAAACUCUGAGAAGAUACAGUUGGGUAUUGCUCCUUUUUAUCAGCCAAUCCGAUGAUUCUGUUUAGAACGCAGUGGGAAGAAUGCCAUCCCUACAAUGCACAGUAUUUCAUAAAACAUGCUCUCUCCGGCUGUUUUACCAAGCCAAUUAUGCGAAAACUGACUGUAGGUUCAUUAUAGAAAAUUCUCUCUUACUCAUGCGUGAGUACACAAUUAUGUCAGUGAUUUCUAUUUCUCUGGUCCUCUUUAAACUGGUUUGUUUUCAGCAUAUCUUAACUUAAAAAUACACUGUUUCACUACAUUUCACUUAAACAUGUGAAAAACAUCUCAUAUCAGUAUGGUUGUAUUGGUUGGACUUCAUUAUUUAUUACCAUUACUGUUGUAUCUUAAUAUUAUUGAUGGUAUUUUUAUCCUUAUUACUCUUGUAACUGUUUGGUUUGCAUUUAAUAAGUUAUUUAAGUUGCUGGGAAAAGUUACAUUUCAUGGGUGUCAUCAUAGCCACAAUAAGUUCUUCCAGAGGCCGCAAAGGUAAUGGGAGCCAGAGACUAAAAAGAAGUGGGGUAAGGUCAUUACAGUGACCUCUUAUACACUACAAAGCUUUUUAAUGCGGUCAUUGUGAUGACCAAUAGAAGCUGUAGUAGAAAUGUCUUUGCUUUGGUGUCACUCAACAAGCCUUACUGUGGCAGUUGACAGUUUAACACCACAAUCCAUGCUCUCACGGCAGUCUGCUUUGCACCAGUGUUGCACAACCAGUGUAAAAUAGCUUUUUUGUUAUAAGGAGUACAGGCCAGUGUCUCAGCACCACUAUAGGCAGACAUCACAGUACUUAUCCACCAUGAAAUAUAUAACACUGUCUUUGUGAUAUUAUAUAUAUGCAGACGUCUUGUUUCCUGUCUUUGUAAAAAAAAAAUAUUAAAUUCCAAUAGAAAAAUUUAGAAAAGGACUAUAUUAUGGUAACAAGUAUAUUACAAAUCUAUAUCAAUAUCAACUUAUAUAUAUAUAUAUAUAUAUAUAAGUAUUUGAAAAUAGAAUUAUAUUUAGUGGGAAAGAUCUACAUGCCAGACUUUUAUAGAAUUGAUCAACAGAAAUUAGUCUGUGUUGGAAGAAAAAAAUAUAAAUGUCUUGUCCAUGUUUACCUGGUUUGCUACCCUUUCCAGAAUGGGAAUGUAUUCAGCCCUCGCCACCCCUCACUGCCCUGCCUGUAUUAAAAUAAAGCAAAACCAAUUUCAGAGAAAA